GCGCAUGCGUAGUUGUUAGUGUUGGCGGGUGUUUUUUUUUCUCCUCUCCCCCUUUCCUUUUAAACUCCCCUCAGCGCGCCUCACUCUCCCCGCAGCUGGGGGUCUCUCUCGGGGGUCUUGGGCCGUUCGGUGGCGGGGAGCAUGUCCGGCCGGGCCGAGGCUCAGGAGCCGGCGGCGGGGGACGCGGUGGUCGCCGUCGCCGCCUCACAGCCAGAGCGGGGCCUGGCAGGGGCCUUCCCCUUGGUGCUGAAGAAGCUGAUGGAGAACCCGCCGCGGGAGGCGCGCCUCGAUAAAGAGAAAAAGGAAAAGCUUGAGGAAGAUGAAGCAGCAGCAGCUAGUACAAUGGCAGUUUCUGCCUCCCUUAUGCCUCCCAUCUGGGACAAAACUAUUCCCUAUGAUGGAGAGUCUUUCCAUCUGGAGUACAUGGAUUUGGAUGAAUUCCUGUUAGAAAAUGGAAUCCCUUCCAGUCCUAAUCACCUGGAUCUGAAUCAGAAUCCACUCCUGCCUGUUGCUGAGCUAGAGGGAAAAGAACCUGCCAGUGCUCCUGCUGCCACCACACCCUCAUCUUCUUCCACAGUGGUUUUCCAACCAUCAGAAACUACCACAAGUUCAGAGUCCUCACCAGAAAAUGAGAGACUGACUCCCAGUCCUGUUGAUCCAGACGGUGUUGAGAUUGAUGUAAAUUUCAACCCCGAUCCUGCUGAUUUAGUGCUGUCCAGUGUGCCUGGAGGUGAGCUCUUCAACCCUAGAAAACACAAGUUUGCUGAUGAGGACCUGAAACCACAGCCCAUGAUUAAAAAAGCCAAGAAAGUGUUUGUUCCAGAUGAUCAAAAGGAUGAAAAAUAUUGGACAAGGCGGAAGAAGAACAAUGUGGCAGCCAAGCGAUCUCGUGAUGCUCGACGUCUGAAAGAGAAUCAGAUCACAGUCCGAGCUGCCUUUCUGGAGAAGGAGAAUACAGCAUUGAGGACCGAGGUUGCAGAGUUGCGGAAGGAAAUGGGAAAAUGCAAGAACAUUGUCUCUAAAUAUGAAAGCAGAUAUGGGCCCUUUGACUUAUCCGAUUCCGAGUGAUGCAGCUUUAAAGACACUUAAAAUCUCAAAGAAAAUUAAACUACACAUGAAACAACCUGCCAUCAGAGUGAACAGAGAAAGAUGUGAGGUAUUCUACACAAACAACUGAUGACCCUGCUUCCCUGCAAGUAUCUCAGCUGAACUAGGGCUGAGCAUGAUGAAAAAUCUAAGGUCUCUCUUACAACUUCUUUUGUAUUGCCAUUUUCCCUUGUAACCAGAGUUUGCUGUACAGCUCUUCAUCUACACAUGGUGCUCAAGUCAAUAAUUUCAGUUUGAAGAAGUAAUGAUUUUGUAAGUUAACAUGUAGAUGGGGAAAUGAAAAGUCAUAACUGAAAAAAUAAUUUGUUUUGUUUUUCUUUUCCUCAUCUACUCUGCGCUUUAGAAUCAAUGUUAAUCUUGCAACUAAAUCCUACUAAAUAAUUGUAUCUUGUAUAGAACAUGAUUGAAGAAAGCAUAUGUAUAAAACAAACAAAAAGAGAGGUGUUUUAAUGUAAUUUGUGCCCUGUAUAUUGACUUAGUUGAAAAUAACCAGCACCCAGUAUGUCCCAUAUCUUAUUACAUGCUAGCAAGUAAGAUGCACCUUAUUUUCUCAGCAGAUAAAAGCUGACACUAGGUUUCCAAAAUUAGCGCUUUCAUUUCAGUUUGUUGACCUCUGGCAAUACUGUUGCAAAACUACCAUAUUGUAAUUGCUUACUGAUGCAUUUCACAAUCAUUUAUAGUGAUUAAACAUUACAAGAUGCUUCUCUUUCAUUAUUUUCAUAAACAGAAUUUAACUGUAGCUGUUUAAUGAGCAAGGAUUUAUUUAAAAAGCACAGAGUUCUCACUAUCUGAUUUUCAUUUCUUAGCAUAAAGUACUUUGGAGUUUGCAAGCAAAAGCAGAAUUGUCUUUUGAUUAUUUUCAGCUGUGUAUGUAUUUAAUACUGACUUUACUUUUCCUCCUAAUCCUACACUAUUAGAGACAAAAUUAGCAACAUCUGCCCGAGAUCCUGCAGUCAGCUACAGCUAUGAUGGUGCAGUUAUACCUUCCCAUGCUACCACUUUCCAAAAAUCUACCUUUUCUGUUGUACCAUGUCCCACUGCCAGGAGAGGGCUGGAAUUGUCAUCACUACCCCUUUCUCCAGCACUUUGAAAAUGACUCAUUGGGGUGGGAGGCCUGUAUGGUUUAAAAGAUAGAUUUUGGGACACUUUCGGUACUUGUAGCACAACUGUAAAAUUGAAUUAGUUCAAUUAUGAUAUCAUAAAUUGGGCUUACUCUGUUGUAAUUAUUGAAUAGAAUACCAGCCAUUUACAUUGUUUUUCCCUGUCCACUUUUCUGUGAGGAAUUUUUAAAUGUUUGACUUAAGAUGGGAAUUGAGCUCACAACCUAAUACAUAAGACAGAACUCAAUGGAAUAUUUCUUGGAUCAAUAUCAACGAAGAAGCAUGUUAUUGAUAGGCUGUGUAGAUAGCAAAGUAGGAUGCUAAAAAAGAGGAUUUUCUGCUUGGCAGACGUUGCAUUUUAAAUGUGACUUUAAGGGUAUAUUGGUAGAAUAAUUAUGUGGAUCUGUUUGCUAAUCAUAAACACUAUUCGUCAUAUUUGAGGAGCCUUUGGAGGUGAAAUGUUCCACUAUUCUGAAAGGUAGAAGAUUGUCAAGUAGACACAGUAUUUUUUAAUAAAUUACUUCUGAAAUUAGAUUAAAUUAUUAUUGAUUUGUCUAGGAGGCAUAUAACUGAAUAAGUAGCUUUCCAUGAGUUGACUGGAACAGUAUCGCUUCAAGUAGCUUAAAGUGAUGUUAUAGGAACUAAAACUAAGAAGCAAGUCUCAAAAAUAUUUUGCUAAUAGUGUUGAAUUUAGAAAAUAAUGAAAUAACUUGCGGUUUUCAGAAUAACUUAGCAAUCCUACUUCGAAGUAGAUUUUAUUUCUUCCUGACUACUAUACCAAUACACAUUGUUUUUAAACAUCUUGACUGUGGACUGUUAAAAGCUCUAAAAGCAUCAGCAUAAAUAUGAAUCAGUGUAUCAGAAUCAUAGCCGUAAUUUAAAAAUGGAGCCUUUCUUAACAAUUUAGAAUAUAGAUCCAGAUUUCCAGGCUUUAUGUUUACUACACUACAAAUAUAACUUAAAAUGACUCUGUGCAUGUCUUUUGUUCAUCAGUUAGUUCUUUGUAGAUUUUGCAGCUAAAUAGUAUAAUUAACUGAAGUCUGUAUUUAAUUCUGAUACUGUCAUAGCAGAAAUACUGAAAUAUUUUGGUUCUAUUACAUUCCUUUUCUUUUACUCAAAAGGUGCCAUAGUAGUGAUGAUAUUACUCUUGUACAUAUCAGACAGCAAUAUUGCACUGUGUUUAAUACAGUAUUGUAAGACAAUUAACAUUGCAGUUAAAUUACCACUUGGGAUACUUACAUUCAUAUUAUACGUUGCUGCAAAAUGGUACAAAGUUUCUAUGCAAGUUCACCUCAACCUAUGUGUAGAACAAUGUACAAGAGUUCUAACCUUUGAUUUUUCUCAGCCCAAAACAAGUUAGACAUGGAGAAAAUCAUGUUUCUUAAUAACCUUCUAAGGCUGCAGUCUUGUAUACACAUAGCUGGCUAAUAGUUAUGUUAAACUCAAUUGGGCUCAUUUUAGACUAGGCAGGUAUAGGAUUACACUGUUCAUAAUUUUUCUUAAAUGUCAUAAGAGGUUGAUUUAAAUUGUGAUCAUAAUUAGAUCUGCUUUCUUUUUCAUUUAUAGCUGUGUCUCUAGUGACCGACAUGAUAUCAGUGUCAGAGAAAGAAACCCUGCAGUAAUGUUUAAAGUUAUUUCUCCAAAGUAGUACAGAAUGCAUGUAGUAGGUGUGCAACAUCUACAUCCUGCUUAUUUCAAUAUAUGAUCUUCCAGAGAUAGUUAGUAUGAUCUCUCAUUAUUGUAGAGCUUGCUAGAAACAGCUUUUAGGCAAAAACAUGUCUAGAUGCUCAGUUGCUAACCACAUGCUGCUGAAAAGCCAUGGGACAACCACUUCCAGAUAUAUUCUAAAUGUAAGAAAAAUAUACGCAUAAGCAAAAUCUGUAUAAUAGUGAACUUGUUAUGGUAGUUUUAUGUUACACUGUCAGCUCUUUAUAAACUAGAGAAUGACAUAUCCGUGCUAAGUGAAUUACAUCCAUAGAUUAAACUCUGUGGUGUUUAAAAUAUUUUAGAAGCUAAUCCUGUUCAUAAAAAAUGCUGUGUGUAGGCUUAGUGUAAGCAUUUCACCUCUGUUUAGUUGGUUUUGCAUAUUUAUGUGAGGCUUUACUUGGAGCUAGAGCAAUGGGUUAAAUUUAUGGGACAAUUACUAGUGGUUCUUGUGAUCUUUGUGCAGGUUUCAUGUGAAAUUUUGAUAGACUUUUUUCUCAUUACUCUUGUAACAUUUGUUUAAUAAAUAAUGGGGACAUACUUAGUGCUGUGGAUAAUGAAGCAUUUAUACACUUUGAUAAUACCUGUGAUAUUAAUAUUGGUUGCUGUUUUGUAGCAGUUUUGACAUUAUAGUGACUUAGUGGAUUUUUUUUCUAUAAAUAGAUUUGGUUGGCCUUUUUCCAUAUCCCCUCCAUGCUGCAUUGUGCCGUUCUGUCUGGAAUAACCAAAUAAUGUAUCUGCAUAAUAUAUUGAGAUACUUCCUAGUGGGCAGUUCUGUUCUGUGUCAAGGUAAUUAUAAGCAGUGGUGAGAGCUUAGAAAUAUACUGAAAAAUAUACUGAAAAGGUAUAUUAUAUUAACAUCAAAAUAUGUGUAAAGUUUGAAUGAUGAAAAUGCAUCCUGUAAUUGCAAUUUUUUUUAUAUAUAUAUAUAUAUAUAUAUAUAUAUAUAUAUAUAUAUAUAUAUAUUGAUAUUUCAUCAAUUCUAAGACACCAUUGACUUUUUUAUAUACUAAGGUGCACUGUUUUUUAAAAUGCUUGUAGGGAGGAUGUUUCUUAGAAUCCAUGAAAUACAGUAUUCUUUUAUGUUCAACUGCCCAUAAUCUUCCCCCUGAAGGAUUGGUUUGGCACUUUAAAAAAUAUCUACCUUUUUGCACCUUGCCUCCUGAGGCACAAUGACAAGGAGAUAGAAAGCUGAACUGACAUUUAGUUCACUAAUACAUGUCUCAUUUGAUCUGAGAAAAAGAAAACAAUUCAGGUGCACCAUGUAGGCAUCCUCUUUCUACAUUUCAGCUCUCUUUCCUACAUUUGCUACAUGAACUUGAGUAAAUAUGAUUAUUUUCCUGGCAUUAUAGAUGUGCAAGGUAUUUUCUCAUUUAGUUUCACAGUAUAUGUUUCUAGAGCAAAUUACAGAUAUUUGUUUUGUUGUAGCUGAAUGAGGUCAUGCAAGGAAGAGCAAAAUAUAAAAGGAGUGAUUCUUGUUGUGGACAUUUUGUAUUCUGUUAAUUGGAGCUCAUUUAUAAUAAGAAUUCUUUUCAAGGUGAAAGCUUGUCAUAUUACCAAAGCUGGUCAACUCUUUAUGACAGCAAAAAGUAUUGGAAAGCUGGGAAGGAAAGUGAGCUAUAUUAUUCCAGACAUUUGAUAUGAAAUCCCUACUUAGUCCAUUAGUGACAACUUCUGGCUCAGAAGUGUAGGAAUGAUUUCCUGUGAAAUUUAACAGAAUUUGUCAGCACAUCAGCUUCUCAGAGUGAAACGAGAAAUAGGAUGGCUCUUGUCCUUCUUUCUCCCAUCCCUCUCUUUUUUCCCUUAGAUAAAAUAACAAUUAAUGUGUAUUGAUUCGUAUAGUGCUUAGUAGGGUCCAGGACAGCAGAACUGUUUCGUUUGUACAUUUGUGUCUAAUAUAUGGUGAUUAAUAUUAUUCAAAUACUGUAUUUUGUAUUACAGAAUAUGUAAAUACACUUUAAUCUCAGUCCUCAUGGAGUAAUAAGUGCUUCCGCUGUAAUCACUGCUAACUUGUUCAAAAUAUUUUAAUAUGGCAUGGCUUGAGAUUUAUUUUUUCCUCAGAAAAUCACAGAAAUCAAAAUUUAAAUUGAUGUUGAGUUUUGACUUGUGGUGCUUUUAUUUACUAAAUAUUUAAUACAUUACAAAAGCAGAGAAUGUGGGUAUUGGGAUAGGAGGUAUUUCUGCAAUCACUGAAUUUAUUCAAAGUAGUACUCAGGCCAUCUUAUUUGGGGUCAAGUCAGUCUGCCAUUUAGCAGUAUUCCUGCAUGAUGUUCUGUUGACAAAAGCACAUGGCAACUUUAGAAAUGCACACAGUUCUGCAUUUUGUCUUAAUUCAGCGCUUUUGGCAUCCUCCAUCGAGCUGUAAUGAAUUUCCAUUUGUUAAGUUAGGAUAGCUCGUAUAAUCUGGGGUAUUGCUAUAUUCCUUUAUUCAACCAAAUGUUUCAGUAAAUUUAAUUUCUGCUUGACUUGAGUCUUGACAGCAACAUUUCAUUAAAUGCUUUAUCGGGCAGUUGGAUCUUUUGAUAAAAGGGACAGAAACAUGACAAAUUGAUUAGGGUCACUGUGGAAAUCAUUAUUUCUUUAAAAGACUUUGGAGGGCAGCACUUUCCCCACUAAUAACACCCCAUAAUGAUGUUUUGUCCCAAACACUUUCAUUUCCACUAAGUUUUGGGGACUUCUCCUAUCAAAUGUAAUAGUUUUCUGCUGAUACAAAUUCUUUAUCAUUGGCAUGAAAGUAAAAUAACAAUAAAACAACUCACUGCAUUAUCAUGUUAGAGAGGGAAGUUCCUUUAAAAAUCUUUUUCCAAAUAAUUGCAUACCUGCCGCAUGUAACUACAUGAAACACAUGCAGUGAACCUAUUCCGCCAGACUUUCCAGAUAUUAAAGAGUUGUUUAAAAUAGUGUUCUUUGCCCUUUCUCUUUAAAACAAUAAAUUAAUUAAUAUGUUAAUUCGUAAAGAGGAAAUUGAACUAAAUCAUAAAAAUAUCAUUUUAUAUCAAAAGUAAACAUUUGUGUUCCUGUAUAUCUUUAAUAUCUGAAGCAUUUUUCUGGUGUUUCUUGUAUGUUUUUCCCCCAAUAUAUGUGUUUUGUAGAUAAUCUGUAAAAUUCUUUUGAGUCCAUAAUUAAAGGCUCUGUAGCAAACUUGUUGCCAUUUACAAAAAAAUCUGUGAUAAAGGUGAAAUUGUCCCUCACUGCUUUCUCCAAAUAUUCUGUCCCAUGUGUACGUUCCUGCAGAUACUUUGUGUAUAAUUAAUGAAAGCACUUAAAUGAUCCUCCUUGUGAGGAAAAAAAAAUUCUAUGCUCAAGAUCUACCUGGUAUUCACUUCUAUUUCUGUUACACUAUAAAAAGUAUAAUAAUGAAUAUGAAUGCUCUGAUUGUGGAAACUGAUUUUUCAGGAUAUAGUUAACCCUCUCUGCUAAGUGUCUUUUGUAAUGCUUUGGGUUUUAAUAAUGUAAACUUUUCACUGUAUUGAAUUCUGUUAGCAGUUUUUCUUUUUGAAAAAAAAAAUAAAGUGUAUAUUCUAUUAAA